AUGAAAAUUGUUGAAUUUCGAAUUUUCCUCCCAUUUACGAUGGAUCAAACUCGCAUAUCAUCAAGAUAUGCUAUGGCUCGCAGAUCUCAUGAGGAAACAAAAGGAGGCGAUGGCGUUGAAGUCGUGGAAAGAAAACCUAUUGAAGAAAAUGAUAACAAAGGAUUUGAAGUUCAUAGAAUUUACCACAUCAAAUCGCAUGCACCUCAAUGGAUUAGAUGGGCAAUUCCCGAAAAAUACGCUCAUGUUCAUGAAAUUAAUCGCAAUCCAUACCCGCAUUUCGACGUAAAAUUCAACAUUCCUGAUAUGGGAAAUAGUUUUAUACUUACAAAUGAAAGUAUGCAUAUACCUUACAAAAAUGGUGAUGAAAUUCCGGAAAAUAUUUUAAAUCUUCCUGAUAAUGAAUUGAAACUUAGAAGAGUAUACUAUUUAGAUUUGUUAAAUGGACCAAAAUCAUCAUUAGAUGAAUAUGAUUGCCAUGGUUUGAAAUUCCCUGAAGCUGGAAUCGAUGAAUUGGUAGGACUAGAAGGUAUAUCAGAUGAUUCAAAACCACCUGAAUGA